GCGGUACCAUCGAUGGUAUCGUGGUACGGUGCUGCCAAAGCUUCCUUGGGCCGUCGCCGUCGGCUUUCGAGAGGCGAUUCUUCGAUGUUCGGCUGUUCGGUCAUUCGGCCUCGCGAACCGUCCAACGAUAUUCCGUUACAAAAAUGUGAAAUGCGAUGCAGUGUUGUGUAUUGGAUUGCGCCAAAUGCGGCUAUACCAUCACUAUAGUGAACAUUUCCGAACCGACAAUUUGUUAGGCAUACGGCAAAGCGGUGACAAAACGACGGUGUGUGUUGACAAACGGGAUUUAAACUGCAGAAGGUACCACUUGGGAAUUUAUCAGCCACGUAUCCUCUUCUUUUCUCUUUUACCUGUGAACCUGUGCCUGUGUAUCAGCAUCCUUUCAAGGAUCGCUACCUGCUCGCAUUCGCACGUUAAUUACUUAACAAGGAUGAACAGAAAAUGUAGCAGCGAGAAUAUAAUAUGUGUGUGAAUAUGAGGUGAUCUAGCCGAGAGAGACAAGUACUUCCCCUCUGAAAGCCAGAGCGUACCAUGAAGGUGGAAUAUGUGGAAGACGUACAUCUGUGACACCAACCACUGGUUGAAAUGGUCGCCGUCACAAAUGAUUGUGACCGCUGCUGGUAAACAUGUUGAAGCAUAUCACAAAUGGUGGUAUCUCGAACCGAGGUACCCGCCCAGACAGUACCUGCAUGGUGAUGGAACCACCAACCCCUGCGGCCCACAGGUACCGGUCGCCGAACCCGAACAGCUCCCGGAUAUCCCAGCAGUACCCGUUGAACGUGUCCCAGCUGCACUCGACGAAUUUGGAUAAUUCGAAGCACUCGAUAUACAGCAACGCGGUCAUAGCGGCUGCCGCAGCUGCCGGUCUUUCGCCGCCUGCGAAACCCAUGCUCAACGGGGGCCUGAACAUAUCUAGGGUCCGCAACCAGAGCACUGUAAAUAAAUUUAUUGCCAAGUCGAAGGAAGUUGGAGUCAAGGAGAUGUUGGUGAGCCUCGGUUUGCUGUGUCUAGUGAGCCUACUGCUGGCGUUGUUGUCUUUGAUAUUCCUGCUGAAGAUCUCUCCGGUGACCGCGAACGACAUUCGGGAACUGCUCAGAUCGGAGCAGCUGACAGUGAUCACUGCUGAGGAGUACGUGGUUGUCUACGAAGUAACGCUGGCGUUGUGCGCAUUGACGCUCUCGCUCAACCUGUGCUGUUUGCUGGUCUGCGCUAUACAGUUCCUCUUUGCUGUCAAGUUAGUCAAGAGCCCCCAUGGAGGAAACGACAGAACGAAUAAGUAUUUGCAGAAAUCUUCUGUGAGCAGAGUAUGUGCAGUAGGAGGCUUUUUUAUAUCAAUACCAGUAUUCUUAACAGGUAUAAUCCUGUAUACGUUCAUCCAGUUCCACUCGACACCUGCGAUUGUGACGAGUGUGUUCAUCGGAUUGGGCAUCAUCUUUUGCGGCUGUGCCAUGGUUCAUAAUGUUUUCAUCUGGCAAAAGGAGAAGACCAAUGCAGUUAAAGAGCUGGCCGCUCAGCAGCACGACAAUUCUAUCCAUCGGAAUUCUUUCCACAGCAUUGCAGGUGGCAUCGGAGGUGGGUGUGGAGGUCCUGUCAGUCCCGGGGGAGGAGUGCAGAUGAACCAUUCGCACGUGAGCAGUUUCAACCACAGCUUCGCCGGCGGCCUGAGCCAGGGCCAGCCUAUGACGAUGUCGAGCCUUCACAACGGACCGGGGCCAUACAUCGUCAGGCCGUCGACCAGCACGCCUCCCACAGGGGACAACCUGAACCUGAAUUUGACAAAGCUGUCUCUGUCGCAAGUGUCCCAGUCUCAUCCGCGCGAACGAGAAGCCAGUGGCUCCGUCAGUCCGGGCAUGCCUACAGUCACCGUUGACCUUAGUAGUGUCGCCACCACAAAUUCCCCGCACGAACUAUCUACUUUAGUUUAAAUUCCUAUACAGACUCGAAAUGUUCAGGCCGUUCCAGAAUGCGAGGUAUAGCAGGAAAGUAAUGAGACCGAUUUUCUAUUAACCAAAGCUUUUAUUUUUACAAACAUCAUUAUCCCCUCCAAAGUAGUUCCCUUAGUAUGUAUGUAUGGCCUUCAGCAUGUCCGUUACACCAUUUUAAAUGUUUUCUAAAAUCCCCAAAGGAUGUCCCUUCAGGACAUUUUCCAGUUUCGGAAGAAGUCGCAGGGACUGAGAUCAGGUGCUUUUUGGGGUCAAAAAUUCUGUGGCGGAGAUCAAAUUGUCUACAAUGCCUGGUCUCACGCGAAUGAGCCUUCAUAAAAAACUUAGUUGACAAUUUGUCCUGGAGGAACAAAUUCUUUGUUGCUCCAAGUUUCGCUGUUCCAUCAUUUUGCGUUAUGUACAACGAAAACACAACUUUGCUAAUAGCAGUCCAAAAAAACACGUGACUGACCCUCAGGGCACCACCGCAGCGUUGCCCGAUCGCUUGUAAUGUUGCCAGUCUCGAUACAUUUCUGCCACACCUCGUAUGUGCUAAAUGUCUCGUAUUCGUAUGGAUCACAAAAACAAGGGUUCCUAUGAAAAGUUAUCCAAGGGGGCUUUCUAAAGAAAUACACGCAACCAGAUACCGAAAGCACUCUUCAAGGGGCUUGUGUCUCCGUAAGAGAGCCCUGUAGGAUUUCUUAGUGAUUUACACGACUCCGGGAGAUUAACCACUACUCCACGACACCUGUAUAAAUACCGCACACAUUUUUUUCUUCAAUAAAAUCAAAAUUUGAAGCUCCACCAACUAUGUAUGUUGAUCCGUUCGACUUUUAAGCUGCUGUUAGGACCUGAAGCAUACCUUAUAUCAAAGCACACCUGCUGCAAUAUUCAAAGGGAAACUAACUGGCAUUGGUUACAGCCAUGUUAAAUUAGUUUUUUUUUGUUUUCUUCAUAUGAAAACGACAUAAUUGAAUCACAAAUAUAAUUUUUCCAUAACUCUAACGAAUUAUUACUUCCUGAAUUCUUUCACUCCCCUUUAUGAGUAUUUAUUGAAUAUAUUAUGAAAUUGACUAUUUUAUUUGUGCUAUUGGUACCGUUACCAUCGAUUAAUGUUUUAGAAAAGAGAGGCAAUGCAAUAAUGAAAGUAAAAGUUCCUUAUUUUCACGGCUUUGUUCACGUAUACCAUAAAUAUUCAGUAUUUUAGCUUUAGAUGAUUUCAUGAUUGGGGAUUACCACCUCGUUCUAGCUAGUUAUGGUAACUAUAAGUAUAAAAAAAUGAGGACUAUAUCGUGACAAAGUGUAUUUUAGAAAAAAAGAGACUCGGGAAUACCCUUUUAAUCUCAUUAUAGCAUUGUAUUUCUGUUCUAACACGUUAAUCAAUGUUGUUACAUACUAUAUUGUGAAAAUUAAAUUGUAUAUAGUUUUUAUAUUGAAGAUUAUUUAAUUAUGGCAAGAGGGUAUUUAAACAUUCUAUGUAUAUAGAUAUAUUGGUUUGUCCCACAAGAACAUACAAUACAGUUAUAUUCUUGUGAUUUUACAAAGAGUGGUUAGUACAAAGUAUGUCACUGCCUUAUAGGUGAUGAUAUCCUAUCAAUUUUUAAUUUAAAUUUUAUACAACUAUUUUAUGUCACAAUCCUUGCCUUUUUGUACAAUAUAUAUUUUAAAAAACGC